AUGGAGCUUGCAUCCAGUAGAAGCAACUUUAUAAGAGACCUCAUUGAGUGCGUAGAUCAAUCACCGGCCAGUUCGAGUUUAGUCUUUGCUCUUAUUUCAUGCGACCAGAACAAUUUGACUGAGCGCUUUGACAGGACAGGAAUGAAAUUUCUACCUGGGCGCUCUGAAGAAAGACUGAAAUGGACCCUGAAGGAGCGUAAAUUUAGAAUUUCAGACGAGAGGCAGAUAGAUCCCAUCGUUUUCAUGGUGAUCAAUUCUCAAUUAUGGUUCACUGGGACCUGGGUAGCAUUGUCGUCUCCUGAGACAGAGGCAGUGCUGACUGGUGACCCGGAGGGCAACGCCACUUCAUGUAUUGCAUCAACAGUGGCGGUGGGAAAGGCUGGGAAAGGACACAACCCCCGCCUCAACCCAAAAGCAAAGCCUGUUGCUGGCUUGAGAGAAAACGUAGAUUGGCCUAUCGGUGAGGUCAACGGGCAGCAGGCUAGGUGA